GACUCUAGUCUCUCGAGCCUCCUCUUUCUUCUUCCCGUCUUUCCCCUCCUCCUGCAUCUCCCAAACCAAGAUACCUCAAGCAUCGAAUCAUGGACGGAGGAGGUAGCGCGACGCCCUUCUCCCGUACCAUCACCACCCCGUCUACCUCGCAGGGUGAGUCGCUGCAAGGGGAUAGGGGAGCUGCUAUUGAUGCCGAGAUGGUCAGGGUUAACAAGCUACCAGCCAAUAGUUCCUACGCGAUUCACCGCAUGAAGGUGCUGAGCAAACUUCGCCAUCUGAUUUCUAUAAAGAGGACAACGUCCCAGGAUGAGGAGCUUGAACUCCUUUUUGCAAGCCUUUCAAUUUGAAGUCAAUCUUCAGUAUCAACAUGUACUAGGUGACGUCACUGCUUUGGUGUUUUAGCUGUCCCUGCCUGGCCAGUGUAACAUAUAUUCUCCACAGUGUUAAGGAACUUGAUGAGCUAGAGAUAUUGUGUUCCUCUUUGAAUAAAGUUCCUUGUGAUGGAUGUAA